UCCAGAUGUUUGCUGGAGCUCGGAGCUGUUGACGAACACACGAUCAAUGUCUCAAAGGUUGAGUUGAUGUUUCAGCGUUCUGCAGGACACUGACCUGAGUUCAGCUCACACUGCUCACAUUUAUCUGACUGAACACACACGUCUGUGUCUACCUGCUCAGAAUGAGGGCUGCUCAUUGGCUGUUGGUUGUGACGUUCCUGCCGCUCGUCUCCCCCACCGUUCAUCACGAUAUCUGCAAUGCCAAACCCAAAGACCUCGCCCUGGAGCCGCGCUGCAUCUACCGCAGCCCCGACCCCGAUGGCCCCGAGGACCCAACCCUGACGUCCGAGCAAGUCCCUGAGUCCACCAAUCCCCGAGUGUGGGAGCUGUCCAAGGCCAACAGCCGCUUCGCCCUGUCACUGUACAAACAGCUGGCCCUCAGCAAGACCCCCAACUCCAACAUCUUCAUGUCCCCCAUCAGCAUCUCCACUGCCUUCGCCAUGACUAAACUGGGAGCCUGCAACGAGACACUGCGGCAGAUUAUGGAGGUGUUUGAGUUCGACACCAUCAAAGAGAAGACGUCGGAUCAAGUCCACUUCUUUUUCGCCAAACUCAACUGUCGUCUGUACAGGAAGAAGGACGAGACCACGGAGCUGAUCUCCGCCAACCGACUGUUCGGAGACAAGUCUCUGAUUUUUAACGAGACGUACCAGAACAUCAGCGAGACAGUGUACGGCGCCAAACUGCUGCCUCUCAACUUCAAGGAGAACCCGGAAAAGGCCCGCAUCACCAUCAACAACUGGAUCUCAAACAAGACGGAGAACCUGAUCCAGGACACGCUGCCUGCAGGGGCGCUGGACUCCAACACUGUCCUGGUCCUCGUCAACACCAUCUACUUCAAGGGUCAGUGGAAGAGCAAAUUCGACAAAGACAACGUGUACGUGUCAGACUUCCAGGUCAGCGACAGUCGGACCUGCUCGGUCACCAUGAUGUACCAGGAGACCAAGUUCAGAUACAGGCACUUCCCCAACGACCAGGUGCAGCUGCUGGAGAUGCCAUACCGUGGAGAUGACAUCACCAUGGUGAUAAUACUGCCGAGUAAAGAAACCACUCUCAGAAAGGUGGAGGAGAGUCUGACGUUGGACAAACUGACCGGCUGGUUUGAUGAGAUGACAGAGACCACUGUGGCCGUCAACAUCCCUCGCUUCAGGGUGGAGGACAGUUUCAGUGUGAAGGAGAAGCUUCAGGCCAUGGGACUGACCGACCUGUUCACCUCGGAGAAGGCCAGUCUGCCAGGCAUGUUGGAGGACGGCAGUGAUGGUCUCCACAUCUCAGAUGCCUUCCAUAAAGCCUUUCUGGAGGUCAACGAGGAGGGCAGUGAGGCGGCAGCAGCCACCGCCGUGGUGGCCAUCGGACGCUCCAUGAACUUAGACCGGGAGAUUUUUCUGGCCGACAGACCGUUUCUGUUGCUCAUCAGAGAGUCAACCAUCAACGCCAUGCUGUUCACCGCCCGAGUGGCUGACCCCUGUAACCAAUAAAAACUGUCCGGAGCCCUGCUUCAACAGCAAAUUCAGAAAAUAGCUAAAAGUUAAAUCCACGUUUUUUUCCUUUUGUAACAGUACAACAAACAGUUGGACAUGAAGACAUGAUUUAAUUUUUCUCUCUGUGACUGUAUCUUCACAGUUCAACACUUAUGUUACUGGGUGUGAAUGAUUUCCACCUGUGACCAUGCAAAUGACUUUAUAUUGAGGUUAUUAAUUAGCUUAAAUACAUUUAAUGACUAUAACAAAAUAAAUUUUUCUGAAAAAAAAGGUAUUUUUUACUCAUGUUAAUCCACAACUUUCAGUUGACUGUUUCAGCCUUUCAUUACUUUUAGCUGUUUCAGAUAUUUAGGCUAUCUGUUACUCUUAGCUAACAAUUUAAACCAUUUAUCCGUACAUUUAGGUAACUUUUUCAACCAUCUUUUAUUGUUAAGUGUUUAUCUAUUACUCUUGGCUAAAUAUUUCAACUUCAGGUAUUUGAACUGUUCAGUUAGCUAUUUCAAGUGUUUGUUACAUUUAGCUAACUAUUUUAGCAUUCAGACAUUACUUUAAGCUAUUUUAACAGCUUAUCAUUGCUUUCAACUGUUUCAACAGUUUAUCUGUUACUUUUACUUAGCAGUUUCAACUGUUUACCUGUUACUUUAAAUUAUUUUAAUUAUUUCAACUGUUUGUUACUUUUCGCUAACUAUUUAAGCAUUUCAGCCAUUACUUUUAGCUUUUUCAACUGAUUGUCAUUACUUAACUAUUUUUUUAUUUAUCUGUUACAUUUACACAUUUCAAAUAUUUAUUGCUAACUUUUUAGCUAAGUAACUAUUUUACAUUACUUGUAGCUAACUAUUUCAAGUCAUUACUUUUAACUAUUUCUACAGUUUUUCCAUAACUUUUAGCAACAGUUUCAACCGUUUAUCUGUUAUAUUUAGGCAUUUCAAAUGUUUAUUGCUUAACUUUUUAGCUCAGUAACUGUUUUACAUUACUUUUAGUGAACUAUUCCAGUGGUUUAUUCUUUACUUUUAACUAUUUCAACCACUUAUCUGUUACUUUUGGCUAACUAUUUUAACCAUCUUUUAUUGUUGGCUAACUAUUUCAACCCAUUCCUUUUAGCUCAACUGUUUUUCCAUUACAUUUAGCUAACAGUCUCAACUGUUUAUAUGUUACUUUUAGUUAGCUUUUUCAACAGUUUUUACUUUUAGCUAAAUAUUUCAAGUGUUAGUGUUACUAUUAGCUAUUUCAGUGGUUUUUCAUUUACUUGUAGCUAACAGUUUCAACCAUUUAUCCGUUAUAUUUAGCAUUCUAUUUCAACUGUUUGUGUUUCUUUAAGCUAUUUCAACAGUUUUUCAUUUCUUGUAGCUAACAGUUUUAACUGUUUAUUACUUUUAGUAAACUAUUUUAGCAGUUCAGCCUAACUCUUUUGACUGCUUAUCAUUACAUCUAGGUCACUAUUUUAAUUGAUUAUCUGUUACUUUUAGCUAACCAUUUCCACUGUUUAUCCAUUAUAUUUCAGGCAUUUCAAAUGUUUAUCCGUUCCCAUUAGCUCACUGUUUCAACCACUUAUCCACUGCUAUUAAAUAUAUCUAACCAUUUAUCUGUAACAUUAAACUAUUUCAACCAUUUACCCGUGACCGUCACCAUGUGAGCGGAGUUUGUGCUGCAUUGUGGGCAAUGGUGUGAGUAAAGAAAGAGGCGAGUCGGUGCCGGUCGACACUUAAAGUGCUUUAUUUCCUCUGGAGGAGAUGCGACCUGUGAGUGAUCUAGUGGUCAUGGUGAAAGAAGCUUCUUCACAUUUUUCUAAACUAAUAAUCAACCUUUGGCCUCACCCCCCCCCCCCACCACC